AUGGCUCCAGCUCGCCGAGCCCAUCCCUCGUCCCUCUCCGUCCCUCCUCCUCCUGGCGCCCUCGUUGAUCUUCCGCCCAUUGCCGCCCUGUUUCUCAUCGACUUCGAUGUCAAGGCCGGCUAUACGAUUGUCUGGAAGCGGGCUGCUCCGGGGCUCGAGCUCGAGGGCGUUGUCGAGUACAAGUCGCUGCCGUCGGGCCUGCAUACAGUGUCUGACGACCUCAUCUACUUUGUCCACGAUGGCACGCAUGCUGGUCUGAGCGCAUUCGUCAACGAGCCGUGUGAAGAGGAGGAGGCCCGCCAUGCGCGCAUGAUUGCCGUGGGCAUCCUCGUCCCUCUCAGCUAUGGACGGCUGGGCCGCGCAUGGAGACAUGCCGAAAAUCUAAAGCAGAUGGCGGCGACCCUCGCCAAGGAUCGCAACCAGACCGAAAUCUUAGAAAAGUACUGGGACGCCAACAAGGCAAAAGAAGGAGAGACCUUUUCGACCGUCAACACGCCCAUCUCACCUGUCCCAGACCAGUUCCGCAAGACGCACGGCAGAAACUCGUCCCUCACCGACGGCGUCUCUCUGUUCCAGCCCGAGCACAAACUAUCGCCCUACCAUCCCGCCUGGAGCUUGGCCGAGCUGCUGGACAGGUUCGGCCCCCUGAUCUUCCCCAUCCAGCGGGCCGCCUUGCUUCGACAGCGCAUAUUGAUCUCUUGUCACGCGCCGGUACAUGAGAUCUGCAACUUUGUAUACGACAUCUCCAUCUUAUCCAACAUCCCCCACUCCAUUGCAGACGCGCUGCCCCAACCCUCUCCUCCUCAGCGUCUCCGACCCCUCUUCAACAUUGGCGUGCAUGACAUAUCCUUUCUCAUGGACGACCUCAAGGCCUCCAAGCGAGACCGCAGCGACGCGAGUGCCGUAGACGAUGCCGACGAGUCGGGCUCUGGCUGGAUUGCCUGUACCACUGACAGCAUCCUCGCAACCAAGGACGCCCUCUGGGACAUGCUCAUCACGAUGCCGCCAGACCACUCAGAAAACGCAAAGGAAAAGGCCUGGCCAGUCGUCGAGUACGCUGGCAGGAAAGUCGUCAAGGCCACGCAGCGUGAUCUCCGCCGCUUCAAUGCCCUGCGGACGGGUCUCGCACGCCUUGCCGCACUCGCGCCCACCACUCCAGGCCAAGGCCCUCCGUCUCCCGCAUCCGAGACAUCACAAGUCAGGCUAUCGACCAGCCAUUCCGCGCGAGUCGUCAAAGACGAACCGUACGGCGGCGCCGACAACCUGGUCGAGCCCGUCACCUGGGCUGCCUUUGCCUACAACGGCUUCAUGUGGUGGGCCAGCGCGGGCGAGCAGAUCCGCUCCGAAGAACAGGAAGAAUCGACACGCGAUGCCGCCCUCCUCGCCGACCUGUUGUCGCCCACCAGCCCUCGCGUCGCCUCCAUGUCGUUUCCACCAGGCCCGUCAUCGCCUCCCCUAGGAGAGCCCCUCAGCAACUCCAUCGCCUCGCUCGCCGGCCGUCGCGCGGGCGUCGACGGCGAAGCCAACAUUGAGCUCGCCAUCAUCACAUACUUCCACCGCCUCACCACGCAGAUGCUCUCCGUCAUGAUUGACAUUGUCGACGCCGCGGACGAACCAUACCACGACGACGACGACAACACCACCGACGGCGAAGACGACGGCAACAACGACGACGAAAACCAAGGGCUGAUUCCCAACGGCAGCGACGAAUCCGACCUCCCCACCAUCACGAUAGACAGUCGGUCCAUUGAAGAGAUGGGCCUCGACGUCUGGAGCGCCAGCGACGCCCUCUUUGUGCAGGAGCUCGCGGCCGUGUACUUUGGCAGACGGGCUGUCAUUGAGGGCAAAGGCGUCGAAGUCUGCGGCGUGCGGGUAUGUUGA